UUAGCUAACUGUAUACUUCCUGUAUAUAUCUGUUGGAAAGAUUAGCGCGACUCUCGUCCAACACUGCACUUCAAAUAUGCCGACAGUAAGGUGAUUUACGAUUUAAAAAUGCGUACUCAGAGCCAUUUAUGUUAAGGCCAGUUCAUUGUGACGCUGGUUUUAAAUUCAGACACCGACGACGCUAACGUCAAGUUACAUGUUAACGCUACCCAGACCAGAGGAGUCUCUAUCAGCAGCAGAUAUUGCUGAUUAACUUAAGCAGAGGCUGGCUUUUCUCAGUCUGAAGCUAACCUGUCUUUCUAACAAUGGCGUGGUUCAGUCAUGUCAGUCAAGGCUCGGAUCAGCAGCAGCCCACUGACAGCCACAGACUCACAGACAUCUUGUGUAGCGCUCACAACUCCAGGCUCAGAGGUCCGACAGAGGGUUCACCCACCAUGGCUGCACAACACUGGACCGGCUGCCCCACUCCCAUCGCGGAGGACUUUCCAUCAGCCCCACAGGGUGUAGCCAGCCCCCUCAGUCUCGAGAAGCUGUCCUGCGCUUCUCCAAGUGCAGGUCAGGUAAGAGACCCGGAGCCCAUCUCCUAUGUAAGCCUCCAGGAGCAGCGGUGCGUCCUGAGCUGGUUCCACGGCUGGACCGCUUCUCAGAGGGAGCGGUUCUUGCAGGAUCUUCUGGGGAAAGCUGUGCCUGGGAAAGUGUGCACCCUCCUUGAUUCACUCAGUACUCUUCAGGUUAAAGACAGACUACCAAACAUAUUUGAAUGCCAGCUGCGCCUGUGGUCCCAGUGGUUUGAGUCUUGGCGAGAAGAGGAGAGGAAUCAUUUCCUGCACAUGCUGGAAGAGCGGGACCCAGUUUUUGUUGCCCACUUUUACAGGAGUGUAGCCGGUACAGCAGGAAGAGACUGAGCAGUGUUUGCAUUGUGAUGGCAAAAGUGAUUACAAAAAAAUGUAGUGGGAAAUGUGUAUUAGAUCUGAGAUAGUUCUCGACAGAGAAAUGUGUGUGUAACUGUGAUGGGCCUUAUUGUUGAAGGUAAACAAUUUCCAUGUAAGAACUGAAGUGUUCAUUCAGUAUAAGCUGUUUUUUAUUGCAUUUCCUACACUGGUUUCUCCAGGGCUGCAUCACACAUUAUACAAUGUUUUUUUGUUUGUUUUUUUUAUAAAGAACUUUUUCAUUAAUACUUUCUUGCUCUGCCAUGUAAUGACCCCAAUGACAUAACCUUAAACAGGUUUAACAUCUGGCUAGAUAAUUAAACUUAUAGGCUUCAUUUUUCUAUAUUGGGCCUAGUGAUUAAAACACCUGGAAUGACACGGACAAGAGGACACAUCACUUGUCAAACACAGAUCAAACCAAAUUCAUUGUUUCAUAUUUUUUAUUGUUUGAAACAUUCAGCAACUGUAGUAACAGAAGUAUGUGUAAUAACUAUUCUGCAGUCACAUGGAAUGGCUACUAAGAUGAUUAGACGCAUGGUUAAGAUUUGACGCACAGGAUGAAACUUCCCAGUUCUCUAUUUUAUCCAGUCAACUGAUCCAGGAGAAAGCAACACUAUUGGAGUAGAACUUUCAAUGUCCUCAACACAAAAAUUGAUAAAUGGAUAGAUCUUAUCUGUAAAUGUUUGACCUACAAAUGAGUACAUAUGAGAUCUGGCACCAGCAUCAUAAAAAGAGACUUGUCCCUUUUUGUAGUCCAGCAGAAUGCCCAGUGUCAGAGGUUGCGUCUCAACUGGAAUAAUAACAGACCGCUUAUCAAUAGCUUUAUACUGACCCUGCUUGUUCAGAACUAUGGUCCAGAAACCAUUUGUCGGCCUGAAUGUUAUACUUCCCUUUCUUUCAGCAGAUUCACUAGCCAUCCCAAGAUGGUAACAAAGCUUCCCAGCUACAGACACCUCCCAGUAAUGUCUGCCACUUGAGAAUCCAGUACUGCCCAGGACACCGAGAGCCACAUCAAACCGGCCUGGAUUGUCUGGGAUAUUUUGUAUUGCUUCAGUAGUGGACAUCUCUGUGUUAUCUGCAGACAGAACUAUUCUUGGGUUUGCUGUGUUUGGAUCCAAGGUCAUCUUCCCUGUAAACAGAGAAAUGUAGUAGAUCAUGUGUAUUUUUGCAUCACAUUUUGAAAGGAAAUUGACAUUAAAAAAGUUUAAAGCAGUA